GUCUCUGACCGUGUUCUAUAUCAAGAUUGCCGUGAAGUUUGGCUGUGGAUUUUGCUGCGGACUUAACCUCCUAAAUAAAAUAUAAGUUAUUUCAGAUUUUGGCAUUGGAGGAUUUUUUGUUUUGAUCACGUGUGCAAGCACCCACCAUCACUUACUUGACUAAGACACUGAUAAGAAUUUUCGACUCGAACGCAUACAGUAUGGAGGCCAGACGAACAUCGGGCACAGCUAAACCCACGUUGCGUUCGAACCACGUCCUGGUCGCCACCGUAGCGGUACUCUGGUUGGUGACCAUUGGAUAUGGUCAAGACAGAAUCUCACCUUGCAGUAAGAACAAUGCAGGUUGUCAACACAAGUGCAACGUGGUUAAAGAAACCCACGGUGUGUUAGCGUACGAGUGCGUCUGUAACACGGGAUAUCAACUUGCAGAAGACAAGCAUAACUGCAUUUUGGUGGACAAAUAUUUGUCGUAUUCAAAUCAGUCGGACAUCAUAGAUAAAUUAUUCAAAAAUGUUUCCGAAGAAAUUGAGUUUACUAUAAGAAACAAUUAUAUUGAUGCCAUACAAUCAGUAUCAACAAAUUAUAAGAAGGUCUUAAGUCUAGAUUUCGAUGCUCAUGACAACUACAUUUAUUAUUCAUACUUUUAUAAAAAUGAAAACGUUGAUUCGAAAUGCAUUAUCUCAAGGAUACACACAAAUGGGACGGAUUUACAACAAACACGAUCAGCUUAUUAUAAACACGCAUCCAUGCUCGAUCGCGGCUAACUACAGUGGUUGUCAGGAGUUGUGUUUCGCGGUGCCGUCCAAUAAGUCAAUUACUUCUUCACUCCGGGCGAUAGGUAUGCGGCUGUUCAAUCGGCGAGAAAGUUGGUAAGGACGGUAAGGCCUGCGUGGUCGAUUCCAUCACUGUGGAAAUACCUAUAUCGGGAGGCGGCAUUAAACACAUACCAUAUUAUUAUCAUUAUAUGACUAUUGUAUCUUCGAUGUUAGUGUAUCUCAUGAUAUAAUAAAC